AUGUACAAAGAAGCGGCGCCGAGAGAAAGACCCCGGCGCUCUCGGGGUCAGCCAGUGAUUCGGGGCAGUGGGGGAGGGGAGGCGCAUCCUACCUAUUUUCCCCCCCCCAAGCCCCAUCCCCCACUCCCCCAGUCCCGACUGGAGGCCAGAGGUGAAGAAGCGCAAGCGCACAGAACUAGGAUCCGGCUGAACCGCGGGGAGAGAAGAGAAGCGGGAGUCGGAGGGGGCGGGGUUCCACGCACCGCCCGGACUCAAGUCGUGCGCCAGAAAAGGAGGGGGGGGGGUCGCAGAAUCGCUCUCACACCUUCCCUCCCCCCACCUCCGCGACCACGGCUUCCAGGGAAAGGGCGAGGGAAACAGAACGUGGGGGCAACCGUUAAAGGUUUGUUCGCGCCGCGAGGUCCCGCAGCACUCACCUGGAAGCAGCUGCAGGUAAAGCCUCCGGCACCCCCCCCCCCACCCUCGACUCCCGCAACUAGCCACGUCAGUCCCGGAACCUGGCCAGAGGCACCGCCUUCCUCCUCCUCUCCGAGAAAAUAUUCCCCAAUUGGAAUGGAGACCAAGAGACGGAGGGGAAGCGGACCAAUCAGAACAACCGGCCCCUUGGGCGUUACCAAGGAGACUCAACACUCCCCCUCCUCCCCUUUCUUUAAUUGUGUAACGCCCAACAACAAAGAUUUGAACCAAUCAGCGAUGGGUCACUCGGCUUCCUCGAAAGGACAGCCAAUAAAUCUUGCCGAAUGGAAGAGGGUGGGAUCUGGCGGAGGCUGGUGGGGGAGGGAGGAGAGAGAGAAGACCCGGAAGCAGAUGUAAGGGACGAAAACGGAGCCAAAAGGAGGUGACUAAAUCUGCUAUCCUGGACAGAGAAGUUGGAAGAAGAGGAGAUCAGAAAGAGGGAUACCCCUCGGUGCAAGGAUGGCUGGGAAUACUGAUCAUGAUGUUGGGCAGGGCAUUCCGCCGCCUCUUCCAGGAUCCCAGCUGCCGGGCGUAACCGCGGA